CAGAGAGACAGAGGGAGAAGGGAGCUUGAAACUGAAUCCUUCAGCCCCCCGUCCCCCACCCCAGCCGGAGAGGCAGGCGACACAGCAAACAAGCCAAAUAGCGCAGCCCGGCUGCAACCUCCCCUCCCCCCCCCCUCCUCCCUCCCUAUCCUGAAAUGCCACCUCUCUUGCUGCUCCUGGGCACGGUGGCUGCCCUGUCUGCCGCCCAUGCCAGCCCCCUGAGCCCGUGUGCCAACCAGCCCUGCCUCAACAAUGGGACUUGUGUAACUUUGCAAGGACAGCUGGCAUCCUACAACUGUACCUGUGCCCCUGGAUUCGCGGGACAACACUGCCAGGAUCGAAUAGAUGAAUGUGCAAGCAAUCCCUGUCACCAUGGCAACUGCAGCAGCUACACUGAUCACUACAUUUGUGCUUGUGAAGAAGGCUAUCAGGGUGACAAUUGCGAUCAACCUCUGCAAAGCACUCUGGCCCCUAGCUGGACGGAAUCCACACUGCCAUGGCAACCGGAGCCGGCCACAACAUCUACGCUGUCUAACGCAACCUCAUCCUCGUCCUCAAGGCAAACAACUGUCCCAUUUUCUGCUUGGCAGCCAGAACCCGGACAUAAAGUUGCAAACCUAACUUGGGACCUCAAAGAGAUGAUCAACUCUUCAAACUUCCUCUGUGGAAACAAUAGCUCCAAUGAAUCAGUUGACAGUCAGCCACCUGUUCUCGAAGUACCUGAGGAGACUGCACUAAGAAUUAAACUGAAUGGGGUUGGCACAUCUGUUGCUUUCUGGGAGGUCACUGAAGCUGAGUUCCAGCAAUGUUCUGUUUCGAAUGGAAAGAGCAUCAUGCCCUUGCACACCAUCGACGGUUUUGUUCUGUUGGAGGAGAUGGUGUCUUUGGGGAGCAACUAUUUUAUCGCCCAUGUGAAUGAUUCAGCCAUUAAAGCAAUGACAGCUCUGAGGGUGAACUUGACAGUUAAAGCUAGUAUCUGCAUGGAGCAGAAGAAUAAUCAGGAUGACCUCCAGUGUUCUGGAAAGGGCCAAUGCAUUACCAAACCUUCAGAGGUAACCUUCUACUGUGACUGUGAGGAGGGACACAUUGGGCUUUUCUGUGAAGAAUUUGAUGGCUGCCAUAGUAACCAGUGUCACAACAAUGGAACAUGUUUCGACAUUAAACAGGGGAAUAAUGAGAGAAACUUCACCUGUGUCUGUUCACCAGGUUACACAGGAGAACUGUGCCAGUCUAAAAUUGAUCACUGUGUCUCACAGCCAUGUGAAAAUGAAGCCACUUGCAUGAGCAGAUCCACUGGCUACAGCUGUCUGUGCCCAGAAGGUUUUACAGGGCUGGCAUGUGAGCAGAGGAUAGACCCUUGUGCCUUGUCACCCUGUCAGAACAAUGGGACCUGCUUUGCAGAUGGCGCAUCAUAUAGUUGUAACUGCAGUCCAGCCUAUACUGGACCAGUCUGUGCUCAGCUAAUUGACUUCUGUGCCCUUAAUCCCUGCUCCCAUGGCAUCUGCCGCAGCGUUGGAACCAGUUACAAAUGCCUUUGUGCCCCAGGUUACCAUGGUCUGUAUUGUGAGGAAGAAUACAAUGAAUGUCUUUCAGUACCUUGUCAGAAUUCAGGCACCUGCAAAGACUUGGUAAAUGGGUAUGAAUGCCUGUGCCCUCAAGAUUAUGAAGGCAAACACUGCGACCUCUACAAGGAUCCCUGUGCCAUGAUCAGCUGUCAGAAUGGAGGCACCUGUACCAGCAAGGAGCUGAAUGCCACCUGUCUUUGUGUACCUGGCUUUAUAGGUGAAAUAUGUGAGGCUGAUAUAAAUGAAUGCGAUAGUGAUCCUUGUCAUCAUGGAGGGACAUGCCUGAACCAAGAAAAUGGCUACACCUGCCACUGCCCACAUGGCUGGGUUGGAAUUCACUGCGAUGUCCACCUGGAAUGGAAGUCUGAUCGGAUGGCAGAGAGUCUCAAUAACAUGCCCCGUCACUCCCUCUACAUUAUCAUUGGAGCCCUCUGUGUGGCCUUUGUCCUGAUGCUGAUCAUUUUGAUUGUGGGGAUCUGCCGCAUUAGCCGCAUCGAGUACCAGGGCUCUUCCAGACCAUCUUACGAAGAAUUCUACAACUGUAGGAGCAUUGACAGUGAAUUCAGCAGUGCGAUAGCUUCGAUCCGACAUGCCAGGUUUGGCAAGAAGGCCAGGCCAGCAAUGUACGAUGCAACCCCUGUGGCCUAUGAAGAUUACAGUCCUGAUGAUAAACCGCUGGUCACUCUCAUUAAAACAAAAGAUUUGUAAAGCAUAGCUCAUCCCUAAUGGGUACAAAAAAGGGAAGUAUAAAUACAAACACACACACACACAAAACACAAACACUAAAUAUUUUGAAGACAAUGUACUGCUAGAAGAUCUAAGAGAUUUGCUUUUUGAGCUAAAUUGUCAUUUUCCAGUAGUUAAUCAUAUGAACCAAUUUUAUGCUGUAUAUUCCAAUUGAAAAAUGUUUGUGUUUCUAAACUACUCGCUAUGUUAAUGAAAUAUAUUUUCAAUGUUGCUGUUGACCUUAAAAGAUAUCUAUCUUAUUAGGUUAUGAACUAUUUACAGAAACUAUAAGAGCUCUAAGCUAUAGAACCUGGGUGUUGUUAUAUUUAUGUUUCCUUGUCUCUGUGAAAUAAUAAUGCACCAUGGCUUGUAGGAAAUUAGCCUUGUUUUUGAUAGCUCAUUUCUUUAGCUCAUUUUAUUGGGAAAGUGGGUGGCACAGAGACAUGCAACACUGUCCUUUCAACUCUGUCACUUGAGAAUGAGAUCUGCCCAAAAUACUGGGAUUAAUUUCUCCCCUGUGUGAACACUCAAAUUGUCCAGUUGUUGAAAAUACAAGGACUGCCUGCAAUUUGUCACAAGGUUGGCAGUCUCAUUAGAAAGGCCAGAAGAAUGGCCAAUUGGGAAACGAAGGUGUUGCUGUGCUCCACCCGAUACCAAACAGAAACUGCACCAGAUCCAAAAAUUGAUCCACAAAUAGUGGAAAAAUGUUCUGUUUCCCAUUUAAUCAGCUUUUUGAUGGGCACAGCACCUCUUGCUUAACAGUUCCCUAAUGAUGUAAUCAACACCCACUGUAAAGUUAUUUUUGAAAAGAAAAGCAAGAAAACAAAGAUCGGUUCAAAUUAAUACCGAUUCUUUGAAACUAUUUAAUUGUUAAAAGGAGUCGUGAUACUGAAAUGCCCCUUUAAAUUAUAAUUCUCAAAAUGAACUAGGAUGUGUUGUGCUCAAUAUUUAAAUGUAAAAGUAAUUUCUACAUGCUAUGGUACUUGUUUUAGUGAAUAUACCUUAAAGAGGGAGCCUCAUCAUUAAUACCUUUUUCAAAAAAUCAGUUAUGAAUAUUCGUUAUCAUUAAAGUUUAUUACUGUGGAGAUUUUCAAAAAAAGAUCUCCUUUAAACAAUGGUUCAUUAAAGGAAGAAUUAACUCAUACAACUUAGAAGACCCUAAUGAUAAUAAAGGAGCUGAUUACCUUGGCACACUAGUGAAACAGAAAUAAUCUGAGUUAAUGGCUAUCGCACUACCGGUAUUAAUUCAGCUCCUACCGUUCUAUCAACAUCAGCAUCUCUUCCCAGACACUUGUCCCGCCCAUUAACCAAUACAUCAUGGUUGAGCAUAAAUAGCCCCCAAAAAUCAACAUACACAGACUAGGAUAAACAGAAGGAUAUUAAAUGGGCACAUUGUGUUACUGGGGAGCUUUUAGUUGGAGUAACUGACAAAGCCAUAUUAUUAUUAAAGCCAUGAUCAACCUGCUGCUAACCUGCCAGGAAGACAGAUGUUAUCUUUUUCCAAAGUAAACCUUUAUGAUAUGCUUUACACAUUAUUUCCAUAAAUUAGUUCUAAUUCCAUGAAUCAGAAUUCAAAAGCCCAGAGCACCAGGUACCGCAACAACCUAAACGUCUAAUUUCCACAUUUUGCUCCCUUAUUACAAAUCAGGUAAAUUGUCUACAGAAUGAUUUUAAUGUUAAUGGAAGCUAUUAUAACUUAUUUAAAAAAAAUACAGGCAAGAAUGUUGAGAGACUCGCUCUUUAGAUGCCUAGUUUUUAGUAAUGCAUAUUGUAAUGACACUUGAAGAGGUCUAUGAAACGUGAAACUGCUGCGCAUUCCUAUUAAAGAUGCAAUGAAGUUUAAGGAAUGAUAUUGCACUCCUCAAGCAAAAUUUUGUUGUUAUAUGCAAGUUGAACAUUUUAGUAUUUGCUUCAGUUGUUACUGCUAGGAACAUGAUCUUGUACUAUCCGUGUGUUUUUUGUCAUUUUUUGCUCUUCUGUAACUGGUAUUUUUUUUUGUGUGGGGUGGUGGGGAAGUGUUGUCCAUCAAAGUUUUGAAAUGUAAUGUGUGUCUUGAAUUUCCAAAGUGCUCAUUGGUCAGCCCCUAUUUGUGACAGAAGUAGACGAUUCAAUUUGCUCCAUUAAAUUCUUGCAUUGAAGCUGUGUGUUUAAUGAAACAAUAAAACUCUCACACAAAACAA